AUGGAAAUCAAACAAGAUUUGUUUAACAUACAAAUGAGUUGUUCGAUUGAUCAACUUCUCAGGCGUUUUGAUGAAUUGUCAAGACAUCAUGCUUAUUUUCUAUCAGAUUUCAGUCGAUACCUUCCGGAUAUUAAAAAUCCUUUACGAAAUGUCGAACGAUCGGAAGAAGAGCAACAGAAAACAGCAGGGAAAAUUCUACUUGAACGAAGUGAAAGCUUGAUUCGAAAAUCGUCGAGCAAUACUAUCGAAGAUUUUCACACUCGGAUUAUUGUCAGUCGUUUCCGUCAUCGUCCGCCAAGCUAUUCUUCAAGUGAUCAAUCAACAAUCAGUCGAAUUCCCUCGCGAACAACAUCUGUGUCUUCACACAAGGAAAUUCCACGAUGGAGCUCGUCAACAAAGGCUCCCUCACAAUGUCCAACAAUAACACGACGAACUGGACGUCCUCCGAUCACUGUAUUUAGCAAGGAAACGAUGAAUCGUCUCGCACAACCGAAAAUACGCUCUCAAACAUCGAUAAAACGAACGAAAACGAUCAUUGUAAAGUCAUUUACGAAAAAAUCAAAAACUCGUCGUUCUUCACCCUCGCAUAUUAAACAACGCAUUUGA